UCCUGAUUGCUCGGUUCAGCCCCCCGUUCCACCUAUUUUGUCCCGACGCUCGACGCCCGCCGCCGCUCAUGGCGUUCUCCCUCGUCUUCUCAAACCCUAGUAAGUCCUUCUCCUUCCCCAGCUGCGUCCAUCGCCACCACGUUAACAUUCCCCGCUCCGCUGUUCUCACUAACACAUGGCUCUCCCCUCCCUCCUCGCGUUUCUUUUCGAUUCCCAGCCCCUCGCCCCUUCCUAAACCAUGGAGCCGCUCCGGAGGUGCACUGAAAUGCUCCCUCCCCUCGCGGCCCGAGUACAUCCCCAAUCACAUCCCCGACCCGAACUAUGUCCGCAUCUUCGAUACCACCCUCCGUGACGGCGAGCAAUCCCCCGGCGCCACCAUGACCAGCAACGAGAAGCUCGUCGUCGCCCGUCACCUCUCCCGCCUCGGUGUCGACAUCAUCGAGGCCGGUUUCCCGGCUUCUAGCCCGGAUGACCUCGACGCCGUCCGCUCAAUAGCUAUCGAGGUCGGGAACCAACCCGUGGGCGAGGAUGGCCAUGUGCCGGUGAUUUGUGGGCUCGCGAGGUGCAAUAAGAAGGACAUUGAUGCGGCAUGGGAGGCGGUUCGCCAUGCGAAGAAGCCGAGAGUGCACACGUUUAUAGCCACGAGCGAGAUCCAUUUGCAGCAUAAGCUGAGGAAGACGAGGGAGGAGGUGGUGAACAUUGCGCGUGAGAUGGUGGCUUAUGCCAGGAGUCUUGGAUGUCAGGACAUCGAGUUCAGCCCUGAGGAUGCUGGAAGGUCUGAUAGAGAAUUUCUAUAUCAUGUUCUGGAGGAAGUAAUUAAAGCUGGGGCAACGACGCUGAACAUCCCAGACACUGUUGGGUAUACUCUUCCAUCCGAAUUCGGAAAGUUAAUUGCCGACAUAAAGGCAAACACCCCUGGCAUUGAAAAUGCCAUCAUAUCAACUCACUGCCAGAAUGAUCUUGGACUAGCAACUGCAAACACAUUAGCAGGCGCUUAUGCAGGGGCAAGACAACUAGAGGUCACUGUCAAUGGAAUUGGCGAAAGAGCUGGAAAUGCUUCUUUGGAGGAGGUUGUUGUAGCCAUGAAGUGCCGUCAGGAACUCUUGGGAGGGUUAUAUACUGGAAUUAAUACAAAACAUAUUUUUAUGGCAAGCAAGAUGGUGGCAGAGCAUACCGGACUGCAUGUACAGCCACAUAAAGCUAUUGUUGGUGCUAAUGCUUUUGCUCAUGAAAGUGGCAUCCACCAGGAUGGGAUGCUUAAACACAAGGGUACAUAUGAGAUCAUAUCUCCAGAAGAUAUUGGAUUAUCUCGUUCCAAUGAGUCUGGCAUUGUUCUUGGAAAGCUUAGUGGACGUCAUGCUUUGAGAUCAAGACUAUUGGAGUUUGGGUAUGACAUCAGUGGAAAGGAACUUGAUGAUGUUUUCAAACGCUUCAAAGAAGUUGCUGAGAAGAAAAAGCGCAUAUCCGAUGAAGACCUAGAAGCACUAAUAUCUGAUGAAAUAUUUCAACCUCCUGUCAUUUGGUCUCUCAGCGAGUUACAGGCUACAUGUGGAACACUUGGCCUAUCUACUGCAACUGUAAAAUUGGUAUCUUCUGACGGAGAGGAGAAAAUUGCAUGCUCAAUUGGUACUGGUCCUGUUGAUGCAGCAUAUAAAGCCAUUGACAGCAUAGUCCAGGUACAUGCAGUUCUAAAGGAGUAUGCUAUGAAUGCCGUAACUGAAGGCAUUGAUGCAAUUGCAACCACCAGAGUAGUCAUAAGUGGGGAUGAUAGCUAUACAUCGAUGCAUGCGUUAACCGGAGAAACUAUGCGCCGGACUUUCAGUGGAAGUGGAGCUUCGAUGGAUGUUGUUGUUUCGAGUGUUCGGGCCUACAUAAGUGCACUAAACAAGAUGCUCGGUUUUGUGUCUGCCAUGAGAGCUUCGAAGGAAAACACUGAAAAGCAGAACAUCUCCCACUGAGUUAUAUAUGUUGCCUUCCAGAGACCAGAAUGCGUGUUCCUUGAUGUACAUAUCUGGCUGGGUAUGUUUAAUCUUCCAUGAUCCGAAGCAAGACCUCUAGUAACUACUAGGGCUUUGCAAUUGUUGGUCAAAGGCCUUGCUAGUUGUUUUGCAUAUUUAUCUAAAUAUGGACUCUUGUCCACCAAAUUCAUUUCCAUUAGGACCUUAAGGUGGUGGUGCACCUAUCCUUUUGCUACCUCGAAUUCCCAUUGAUAGUUACAUGUGUGGCUACUUUGGUGAUUCCCGUCCUGUCCUCUUUUCUCAUGUAAACUUGGGAUGAAACUAUAGACCUUAAGACGAUGCCUUUAGAGAGUACAACUGUGUUAUUUCAUAAAGAUGGCAGCUACAUAAGCUCCAUUUGAUUUGCA